GCAUUAUCAUUUAUUUUUAAUAAGAUUACUAAAACAAACAUGAAUGUAAAAGAUAAUGAUCUAAAUAAUUUACAAAAAGACAAUAAAGAAGUCAAUUAAGAAAAUAAGCUUUUUAAGAAUGAAUGUGAUGAAGAUGAAAAGAUUAAAGAGUAUAAAAUUAUUAAAAGAAAGGUGAAAGUAAAUGGAUGUUCAACUCCUUUUACUCUUUAUCAAAUAACAUCUUGGAUAAUUUUUACAGCUUAAGCAAUAUGGGUUUUUUACAUCUUUAGAGAAUUUUUAAAAGAUUAAAGCACUUUAAAUUUUAUUUACCUAACUCUGAAUGGCGCAUUUUAUAUUCUGAUACUCAUUUUUGGAACUAUUGCUAGUUAUUGCAAUCCAAUAGAUGAUAUGAUUACAUAGCAAAUGAAUGGAAUUUAGAUAGAUGAAAAUAAAAAGACUCACUAGUGUAAGAUUUGCAAUUUGUUUGUUAGUGAAAAAACAAAACAUUGUGGUGUCUGUAAUAAAUGCGUCUUCGAAUUCGAUCAUCACUGUGAAUGGCUAAAUAAUUGUAUAGGUUCAAAAAAUUAUAAAUAUUUUAUUUUACUUGUUUGCUCUUUAAUUGGCGAACUAUUGACAAGCAUAUCUUAUACAGCCUAUUCUCUUGCUCUCUAUAGCAAUGAUUAUGAGAGUUAUGUUUAAAGAAGUGAGUUUUCAUUAUCUUGCAAGACUUUUUUAGGGCUCUCAAUAGCUGUUAUUAUAAUAAAUAUAGUUUCGUUUUUAUUUUGUUUACAAUUAGUUUUGUAUCAUGCGUGGCUUAAAAUUAAAGGAAUAACUACUUAUGAGCAUAUUGUUAAAAACAGGAAAAAAUAAUAAGAAAAGGCUAAACAUAAAAUUGAUUAUAAAAAGAGUAAUAAAGAACAAGUAAGAAAUUAAACUAUAUUAGAUUAAACUCAUGGGGUUAUUAAUAGUAAAAAUCAAUAAAAUAACAGCUAAUAAAAUAAAUUAAGCUAAAAUUUAGAAAUGACUAAUUAAAUACAAAAAGUAGAUCAACAAGAAUAAUAGUUAUAACAUAUUUUUGGAACUAAUCCAUUAAACCAAACAAAUGAUAUUUUAUUAGAUAAAAAGUAAAAUAACUUAUAAACUGGAUCUCAAUUUUGCAAUAACAAUUUGGAAAUUUCAGUUAUUGUUGAACGAAUCUAAGGCUAAGAUAUGAAAAUUAAUUUUUUAUAAUUCUCUAAUCCAGAUGAAGUACUAUCUAAUUAAAAUUCUUAAAUCAAUGAGUAUACUCCGAAUUGCAUUUAGAAUAAAGAUAAAAAAGACAAUUUAUCGAUAUAAAAUGAUACUUAAAAUGAAAUUGAUAGACAAAAUGAGGAUGCAUAGACUUAGCAAACUCAUCAAGAAAUAAUAGAUUAAGUGGCUAUAUUCCAUGGAAGGAAAAUUAUAUAAAAACCUGAAACAAAUAAUAAAUCCUUAAGAAAAUCUUGUUCUGAAUCUUAAUAUAAAAAUGAUUUAGAAAACUAAAUUAAGAACAAAUUUUAUCCUGCAUAAUAAAAGAGCUAACAGAAUUUAAGUAGGAUCUAAUCUGCAAAUUCAAGAAAAAAUAGCUAAAAUAAAAUUUUAUAAAAUAAUUCUGAUUAAUUUAAAAGUAAAUCUAUCAAAGUUUAACCUUUAAAACCUCAUUAACCUUAAUAGUAGUAAUCAAAAUAAUAAAAAAGUUAAUGUAAUAAUGAAUUAUAAAUUAUAGAUUCUACAUCAAAUAAAAAAGACUCUGAUGAGACUAUAGUAAUUAAGCAAUAAAAUUUUUUUUGA